AUGGCCGACGUAUACCAAGCGUACCAUUUAAUGAAAGCAAACGGCAUUCCCGAUGAAAACAUAAUUGUCAUGCAUUACGACGAUAUCGCUAACAAAGAAAAAAACAUAUAUCCGGGACACGUAUACAACGGGCCGACCGGUCAUGUGAAUAAUUGGCAAGGUGGACAACCAGACAAGAGUGACCGCAAUCAAGUGCUCAACAACCAUAUCGGACCCGAUGUGGCCGCGGAGUGUAUUGAUGUUAAGGAGGGCUCGUGUUGUGGUGUGAUCAAGGGCAAUUAUCUGGAUGGCCAUGGUGAGACUGGCGAGAAUUAUUCCGAGAGCUGGAUUAAUGUGAAGGGAGAUUACUACGAUAUCCAAAACAACACUGGCACCAGCCCUAAAUUAAAUAAAUAUGAGAUUCACCGUAUUGCCAAAGCAGGCAUUGGUGGCUGUCAUAAUACCAUCAUGAAUAACAAGUGCAAUGGCGCACCGGCCGGCGGUCAUUUUACUGUUAAUACCAUGAAAAAUUGCGGCAAUAAAGUUCAGGGUUAA